AUGAGUGGAAUACCGCCGCCUCCUCCUGGCUUUGAAGAACACGAAGACUUACCACCACCACCACCUCCGCCACCUGGAUAUGAACUUGAAGAACCAAACAAUUCUUCAAUACAGCCACCAAAUAGUGAUGGUAUAUUCUUCCCACCUCCCCCUCCUCCUCCUCCACCACCUCCAGGUGACUUUGAAGUACCUAUCGAGCCACCUUUAGAGGCUGCUUUGCCGCCACCACCACCGCCUCCCUCAGACAUCGAUGGAUUCGAGAACACCACCACAAUUAAGAACCAGCUACACGGGAAAAGGAAAUUGAACAUAAUGAAGGGGUCGUCUAUUACUAGUAAAGAAAGAAAACGUCAGAAAAAAACGGCCAAAAAGGCUGUCAAAAGCAGUUUAUAUACUCCCAAGGCCGAAAUGCCUCCUGAGCACUUGAGAAAGAUUAUUAACAGUCAUAGUGACAUGGCUUCAAAGAUGUACAAUACGGAUAAGAAAGCCUUUUUAGGCGCUCUGAAAUAUUUACCACACGCCAUUCUAAAAUUAUUAGAGAACAUGCCUCAGCCAUGGGAGCAAGCCAAAGAAGUAAAGGUUUUAUACCAUACCUCAGGAGCAAUAACCUUUGUGAAUGAAACACCAAGAGUCAUAGAGCCUGUAUACACCGCUCAAUGGUCAGCCAUGUGGAUAGCGAUGAGAAGAGAAAAGCGAGAUAGAACUCACUUCAAAAGAAUGAGAUUCCCACCCUUUGAUGAUGACGAGCCACCUUUGUCAUAUGAACAGCAUAUAGAAAACAUUGAACCCUUAGACCCCAUAAAUCUUCCAUUAGACUCACAGGAUGAUGAAUUCGUCAAAGAUUGGCUCUAUGAUUCCCGGCCUUUAGAGGAAGACAGUAACAAAGUCAAUGGUACAUCCUAUAAAAAAUGGAAUUUUAAACUACCUGAAAUGACAAACUUAUAUAGACUAUCAACGCCAUUAAGAGAUGAAAUCACAGAUAAAAACUACUAUUAUCUUUUCGAUAAGAAAUCCUUUCUAAACGGGAAAGCUCUUAAUAAUGCAAUUCCCGGUGGCCCUAAAUUUGAACCAUUAUAUCCAAGAGAGGAAGAUGAAGAUUACAAUGAAUUCAAUUUGAUAGAUAGAGUGAUAUUUAGAGUUCCGAUAAGAAGCGAAUACAGGGUAGCAUUUCCUCAUUUAUAUAAUUCAAGGCCUCGUUCAGUGCAAAUACCGUGGUACAACAAUCCAGUAUCCUGUACUAUCCAGAACCAUGAGGACCAUAAUACACCCGCAUUCUUUUUUGAUCCGUCCUUAAAUCCAAUACUCCUUCAUGGUGACAAGACAUCAAAUUUCAGCAAAGAGUUAAACGCAAAAGAGAUUGAAAGUUUUUCUCUACCAGAGAGUUUCGUACCUAUUAUGGCUGAGGAAGAAGAGCUUAUUUUGCCUACUACAAAAGAUGCCAUUGCAUUAUACAAUUCGCCUUUCCCUUUUAACAGGACUCAAGGGAAGAUGGUAAGGGCACAAGAUGUUGCCUUGGCUAAAAAGUGGUUUUUACAGCAUCCGGAUGAAGAAUAUCCAGUUAAGGUUAGGGUAUCCUAUCAAAAAUUAUUAAAAAAUUACGUACUUAAUGAAUUACACACCACACCGCCUACAAAUCACAACAAAGUUAAAUUAUUGAAGAACCUAAAAAACACCAAAUAUUUUCAACAAACAACGAUUGACUGGGUAGAAGCAGGGCUCCAGUUAUGUCGCCAAGGACACAAUAUGCUAAAUCUGUUAAUUCACAGAAAAGGCCUGACUUAUUUACAUCUCGAUUAUAAUUUCAAUUUAAAACCAACGAAAACUUUGACAACAAAAGAGCGUAAAAAAUCAAGACUUGGAAAUUCAUUCCAUUUGAUGCGAGAGUUAUUGAAAAUGAUGAAGUUGAUUGUGGAUACACACGUACAGUUUAGGUUAGGAAAUGUUGAUGCUUUCCAAUUAGCUGAUGGUAUACAUUACAUUUUCAACCAUCUAGGGCAAUUGACUGGCAUUUACCGCUAUAAGUAUAAAGUAAUGCACCAAAUUCGUGCAUGCAAAGAUCUGAAACACGUCAUAUACUACAAAUUCAAUAAAAAUCUGGGUAAAGGGCCUGGAUGUGGGUUUUGGCAACCCGCGUGGAGGGUGUGGCUGAGCUUCUUAAGAGGUACCAUACCCUUACUCGAAAGGUACAUCGGGAACCUGAUCACCCGCCAAUUUGAGGGGCGUUCCAAUGAAGUAGUCAAAACUACAACUAAACAAAGACUCGAUGCAUAUUACGAUCUUGAGUUGAGAAACUCGGUCAUGGAUGACAUUCUAGAAAUGAUGCCCGAGAGCAUUCGACAGAAGAAGGCGAGAACUAUUCUACAACACUUAAGUGAAGCUUGGAGGUGUUGGAAAGCUAAUAUUCCUUGGGAUGUUCCUGGCAUGCCGGCUCCAAUCAAAAAGAUAAUCGAGCGGUAUAUAAAGGCCAAGGCUGAUGCAUGGGUAUCUGCAGCUCAUUACAAUCGGGAACGCAUAAAGCGCGGUGCUCAUGUAGAAAAGACUGUGGUCAAGAAAAACCUAGGGCGCUUAACGAGGCUUUGGAUCAAGCAUGAGCAGGAACGUCAAAAGCAGAUACAGAAAAGUGGUCCUGAUAUAACUCCCAAAGAAGCGACAGCUAUCUUUUCUGUUAUGGUGGACUGGCUGGAAUCGAGGAGUUUUUCGCCAAUCCCAUUUCCACCUCUAACUUACAAAAAUGAUACCAAAAUUUUGGUUCUUGCAUUAGAAAAUCUAAAGGACGUUUAUGCAUCAAAAGUACGUUUAAAUGCAUCUGAAAGGGAAGAACUGGCGUUAAUAGAGGAAGCUUAUGAUAACCCCCACGAUACUUUGAAUAGAAUAAAAAAAUACUUGUUGACGCAACGUGUUUUUAAGCCUGUUGAUUUGACUAUGAUGGAAAACUAUCAAAAUAUAUCUCCUGUUUAUGCAGUCGAUCCCUUGGAAAAAAUCACCGAUGCAUAUCUUGAUCAGUAUUUGUGGUACGAAGCCGAUCAAAGGAAGCUUUUCCCCAACUGGAUAAAACCAAGUGAUUCAGAGAUACCACCUCUUCUGGUAUACAAGUGGUCUCAAGGCAUAAACAAUCUAUCUGACAUUUGGGAUGUCUCUAAAGGUCAAUCCACAGUUUUGCUCGAGACCACGUUAGGGGAAAUGGCUGAAAAGAUUGAUUUUACUUUGUUAAAUAGAUUACUUCGUCUGAUUGUGGACCCCAAUAUUGCUGACUACAUUACUGCAAAAAACAAUGUUAUGAUCAACUUUAAGGAUAUGAGUCACGUUAACAAAUACGGUCUAGUACGCGGAUUACAGUUUGCCUCUUUUAUAUUCCAAUAUUAUGGACUAGUUGUUGAUCUUUUGUUGUUGGGCCAAGAAAGGGCUGCUGAUUUGGCUGGCCCUGCCAACAAUCCAAAUGAUUUUAUGCAAUUCAAAAGCAGAGAAACAGAAAAGACACAUCCGAUCAGGCUCUAUACCAGAUAUUUGGAUCGCAUUUAUAUGGUCUUUCGCUUUGAAGAAAGUGAGGGAAAUGAACUGACAGAUGAAUAUUUAGCGGAAAACCCAGAUCCAAACUUUGAAAAUAGCAUUGGAUACAAUAACAGAAAAUGCUGGCCUAAGGACUCACGCAUGAGGCUAAUCCGCCAGGAUGUAAACUUGGGACGUGCAGUGUUUUGGGAAGUUCAAGGCAGAGUGCCUACUUCAAUUACAUCCAUAAAAUGGGAAAAUGCAUUUGUUUCAGUGUAUAGUAAAAAUAAUCCAAAUUUAUUAUUCUCUAUGUGUGGCUUUGAGGUUAGGAUUUUACCAAGACAAAGGAUGGAAGAUGUAAUUUCCAAUGAUGAAGGUGUUUGGGAUUUAAUCGACGAGAAAACAAAGCAGAGAACAGCAAAAGCGUACUUGAAGGUAUCUCAAGAAGAAAUCGAUAAAUUUGACAGCAGAAUAAGAGGCAUAUUAAUGGCGUCCGGUUCCACCACUUUCACCAAAGUUGCGGCAAAAUGGAAUACCUCUUUAAUAUCUCUUUUCACUUACUUCAGGGAAGCUAUUGUGGCCACAGAGCCUCUAUUAGAUAUACUUGUAAAAGGAGAGACACGAAUUCAAAACAGAGUCAAACUAGGUCUAAACUCAAAAAUGCCAACAAGAUUUCCACCCGCCGUUUUUUACACACCAAAGGAGCUGGGUGGUUUAGGUAUGAUCAGUGCUUCCCAUAUCUUAAUUCCUGCAUCAGACUUGAGCUGGUCAAAACAAACUGAUACUGGAAUCACACACUUUCGUGCUGGUAUGACACAUGAGGACGAAAAAUUGAUUCCCACGAUUUUCCGUUAUAUAACUACUUGGGAAAACGAAUUUUUAGACUCUCAGAGGGUAUGGGCCGAGUAUGCAACCAAAAGACAAGAAGCUAUACAGCAAAAUAGAAGACUGGCUUUUGAAGAACUAGAAGGAUCAUGGGAUCGUGGUAUACCGCGUAUCAGUACACUAUUUCAAAAAGAUAGGCACACCCUGGCUUAUGAUAGAGGUCAUAGAAUCCGUAGGGAGUUUAAGCAGUACUCACUAGAGAGAAACAGUCCAUUUUGGUGGACAAACUCACACCACGAUGGUAAGUUGUGGAAUUUGAAUGCGUAUAGAACCGAUGUUAUCCAAGCGCUUGGCGGUAUUGAAACAAUUUUGGAACAUACUCUAUUCAAGGGAACCGGAUUUAAUUCAUGGGAAGGUCUGUUUUGGGAAAAGGCUUCCGGUUUUGAGGAUUCCAUGCAAUUUAAAAAGUUAACUCAUGCACAAAGAACAGGUUUAAGUCAAAUUCCAAAUCGUAGGUUUACUCUAUGGUGGUCUCCAACUAUCAAUAGAGCAAACGUUUACGUUGGUUUCCUAGUACAAUUAGAUCUGACUGGUAUAUUCCUUCACGGUAAAAUUCCCACACUAAAGAUAUCUUUAAUUCAAAUAUUUCGUGCUCAUUUGUGGCAAAAAAUACACGAAAGUAUAGUUUUUGAUAUUUGUCAGAUUCUUGACGGGGAGUUAGAUGUUCUACAAAUUGAAUCUGUAUCGAAGGAAACCGUUCAUCCCCGUAAAUCAUACAAAAUGAACUCAUCCGCUGCUGAUGUCACCAUGGAUAGUGUUUAUGAAUGGGAGGUCUCGAAACCUUCCUUAUUACAUGAAACUAAUGAUAACUUCAAGGAUGUGGUUACCAAUAAGAUGUGGUUUGAUGUGCAAUUGAGAUAUGGUGAUUACGAUUCCCACGAUAUAUCUCGUUAUGUGAGAGCAAAAUUUCUUGAUUAUACAACGGAUAACGUCAGCAUGUAUCCCUCACCAACUGGUGUUAUGAUUGGUAUCGAUCUGGCCUACAAUAUGUACGACGCUUAUGGUAACUGGUUUGACGGAUUAAAACCUCUGGUACAAAAUAGUAUGAGAACGAUUAUGAAGGCCAAUCCAGCAUUGUAUGUUCUUCGUGAGCGUAUCAGAAAAGGUCUUCAAAUAUAUCAAUCUAGUGUACAGGAACCGUUUUUGAACUCUUCAAACUAUGCAGAACUGUUCAAUAACGAUAUAAAACUUUUUGUGGAUGACACUAAUGUUUAUAGAGUUACUGUCCACAAGACUUUUGAAGGAAACGUUGCUACGAAGGCAAUAAAUGGUUGUAUUUUCACUUUAAACCCUAAGACUGGCCACUUAUUUUUGAAAAUCAUUCAUACUUCUGUAUGGGCUGGUCAAAAGCGUCUGAGUCAGUUGGCAAAAUGGAAAACCGCCGAAGAAGUUAGCGCUCUUGUAAGGUCUCUACCCAAAGAAGAACAACCAAAACAAAUCAUAGUCACGAGAAAGGCAAUGCUAGAUCCCUUAGAAGUUCACAUGCUUGAUUUUCCUAACAUAGCAAUCAGGCCUACAGAACUCAGAUUGCCAUUUUCUGCUGCGAUGUCAAUCGAUAAACUUUCUGAUGUUGUCAUGAAAGCUACGGAGCCUCAAAUGGUUCUUUUCAAUAUCUACGAUGACUGGUUGGAGCGUAUUUCGUCGUAUACAGCGUUUUCUAGACUUACGUUACUGUUGAGAGCUUUGAAGACAAAUGAAGAAAGUGCGAAGAUGAUUCUACUCAGUGACCCAACGAUCACGAUCAAAUCGUACCAUUUAUGGCCAUCUUUCUCUGACGAACAAUGGAUUAAUAUCGAGUCUCAAAUGAGAGAUUUAAUUUUAACAGAAUACGGUAAAAAAUACAAUGUCAAUAUAUCUGCCUUAACCCAAACUGAAAUAAAGGAUAUCAUAUUGGGGCAAAAUAUCAAAGCGCCAUCUGUCAAGAGACAAAAAAUGGCUGAAUUAGAGGCUGCUAGGGCUGAAAAACAAAAUGAUGAAGAAACUGUAGGUGCAUCAACUGUUAUGAAGACUAAGACCAUAAAUGCGCAAGGUGAGGAAAUUGUCGUAGUAGCUUCUGCUGAUUACGAAAACCAAACGUUUAGCUCGAAGAACGAGUGGAGAAAAUCAGCCAUCGCCAAUACAUUAUUACAUUUGAGACUGAAAAACACUUAUAUCUCAGCCGAUGAUUUUGUAGAAGAGCAGAAUGUUUAUGUGCUCCCAAGAAAUUUAUUAAAGAAAUUUAUUGAGAUAUCUGAUGUGAAAAUCCAGGUAGCUGCCUUCAUUUACGGUAAAGCGGCUAAAGAUCAUCCGAAGGUAAAAGAAAUCAAGACUGUUGUUUUGGCGCCUCAAUUGGGUCACGUAGGCUCCGUCCAAAUAAGCAACAUCCCUGAAAUUACUGCCCUGCCAGAUACAGAGGGCCUGGAAUUGCUAGGUUGGGUUCAUACUCAAACUGAAGACCUCAAGUUUAUGACAGCGUCUGAAGUAACAACACAUUCUAAACUUUUUGCAGACAAAAAAAGAGAUUGCAUUGAUAUUUCCAUCUUUUCAGCUCCAGGAUCUGUUUCAUUAAGUGCUUACAACCUAACUGAUGACGGUUAUCAAUGGGGAGAAGAGAACAAAGACGUAACAAAUAUAUUAUCCGAAGGGUUUGAACCUACUUUCAGCACACAUGCUCAAUUACUACUUUCUGACCGUAUCAUGGGUAACUUUAUAGUUCCAUCAAGAAACGUUUGGAAUUACACAUUUAUGGGCACAGCCUUUGAUCCAGAAGGCGAAUACAAUUUGAAGUAUGGUAUACCUCUGGAAUUUUAUAACGAAAUGCAUCGUCCGGUGCACUUUUUACAGUUCAACGAGCUGGCAGGUGAUGAAGAAUUAGAAGCCGAACAAGCAGACGUGUUUAGCUAA